GAAAAGGGAAACCACAGCGGAGACCCUGGUUCAUGUGUAGGGCUGUUCGACGCGCAGGUCGUGCCCGCAGCGGUUCGCAAGGAUGGAAAAUACACGCAAGAUGCCCCGAAGAUCCCCCUUGCUCGGCUUGCUUGUGGUGGCGUCUGUUUUACUUGUCGUGGACAGCAAGAGAGCCAAGCAGCCUCGCUGUCCCUCAGCAUGUAUAUGUACCAAAGAUAACGCGUUGUGCGAAAGCGCAGGACUGAUCCCUCGCAGUUUCCCCUUCGAUGUCAUAUCACUAUCAUUCGUCAAGUCCGAAUUCACUGAAAUCCCGAAAGAGAGCUUCAUCCACACGCCUGCCCUGCAUCUCCUCCUCUUUACAGCCAACAACCUUGAGUCUAUAAACGAGGACGCUUUCCUUGGUCUUCCACAUCUGGAGUAUCUGUUCAUCGAAAACAACCAAAUCAAGUCGAUAUCACCACAUGCUUUCCGCGGACUGAAAACCUUAGUGCAUCUGAGUCUGGCCUACAAUAAUCUGGAGACUCUGCCCAAAGAUUUGUUCAAGGGUCUCGAGGCCUUGACAAAAGUAGACUUGCGUGGGAACCAGUUCACCUGUGACUGUAAGCUCAAGUGGUUGGUGGAAUGGAUAUACAGCACCAAUGCCACAGUGGACCAGAUUUACUGUAAAGGCCCAGCCUCACAGCUGGACAAGAGGAUCAACGAUCUGGUGCCACAGUCCUUCGACUGCAUCACCACAGAGUUUGACUCCUACCAGUCCCUGAAGUUUGAGUCCAUAUCGGUAGAGGCAUUUUCCUUUGAGAAUGACCAGUAUGUGGUGUUCGCUCAGCCCUUCAUUGGGAAAUGCAGCUUUCUGGAGUGGGAUCAUGUGGAGAUGGUCUUCAGAAACUUUGACGAUAUUGACAGCACGUCCACAGUGAUUUGCAAACCGCUGGUCAUUGACAACCAGCUCUUUAUCAUUGUGGCUCAGCUUUUUGGUGGCUCACACAUCUAUAAGCGUGACACCUCCGCAAAUAAAUUCAUCAAGCUUCAAGGCAUUGACAUCCUCAGAAUCCGCAAACCCAACGAUGUCGAGACUUUCCGCAUCGACGGAGAAUCUUUCUUCGUCAUAGCAGACAGCUCCAAGGCUGGCUCCACCACCAUCUACAAGUGGAACGGUAAUGGCUUCUACUCUCACCAGUCACUCCAUCCGUGGUACCGGGACACUGAUGUGGAGUACAUGGAGAUUUCCUCGAAACCUCACCUGAUCCUGUCCAGCAGCUCCCAGAGGCCGGUCAUCUACCAGUGGAACAAAAGCACCAAGCUGUUUGACAGACGAACCGACAUCCCGGAGAUGGAGGACGUCUAUGCCGUGAAGCAUUUCCAGGUCAAAUCCGACCUCUUCAUCUGCCUGACGCGCUUCAUCGGUGACUCCAAAGUGAUGCGCUGGGACGGGGCCCUCUUUAGAGAAUUGCAGACCAUGCCGUCUCGCGGCUCCAUGGUGUUCCAGCCCUUCGCUGUGGGCAGCUGGCAGUACGCCAUCCUGGGCAGCGAUUACUCUUUCACCCAGGUGUACCGCUGGGAUGCCAAGAAGGGCGAGUUUGUCCAUUUCCAGGAGCUGAACAUCCAGGCGCCGAGAGCCUUCUCCCCAGUCUCCAUAGACAACCGGCAGUUCCUGCUGGCCUCCAGUUUCAAAGGGAAAACUCAGAUCUAUGAGCACCUAGUCAUUGAUCUGAGCAAUUGAGUGAUUGUUUUUUUUUUCUUUUUUUUUUUUCGCUGAUUGAUAGGUUAUUGUUGACUUUAGUGUUGUUUGUGUUUAAAGAAGGCUGUUGCAGCAGACACAGUGCUGAACAACACUGAGGGUGAUCAUCAGUUGAUCCUAACUUGAGAAAGGCAGGCAUUACUCUCACGUCCAUCGAAAUCGGUGCAUGGUAAAUGUAUGUAUGUAAUGCAUGUAUCUCAACCAAGUAUAUUUGGCUGAGAUGCGUGUAGAGUUCAAUGGAUCUCAAGUUAGGAUUAGACCCAAGAUGUUGUCAAGACAUUCAUGCAUGACCAGUGCCUCACUCAGGCCAUCCCCCCCUGAUGAAUGCAACAUCCAUGCUCAUUAAUCCAGUGAAUCUUGCAAUGGCCAGUAGAGUGUUUUUUUGUGUUCAACCAUUCAUGUGGCUCAACAAAGUUUAUACAUUUGUAAUCUCAUAUAUUUAUCUACAGAAAGUAAUAAUGAAAUGGUACUUUUUAACCUAUCAACAUGUUUAACUGAACAAAUCUGCCAAAACAAAAUGUUUACAUUUUUCUGUCUUUCCACUUGUUCGCUAAUAGAUUUGUAAAUUAAGCUUUUGUAAGAGGGACCAAGCCAGUUAGAUAAAUAUUUGUUAAGGAGAAUGAUUUCAAAUUAUGUUUAUAAUUUCGAAAAUAUUAACAGAGACAUUGUGUGAAUCUACCUGUGUAUCCUUGCAACUUACAUUUUUAUCAUUAAUGGUUUGUAUAAUGUUUAAAGUAUUGACAAAUACAGUUUUUCAUAAGAAGUACGGGAAACAUUUUGGGGACACUUGGAACUAUUUUCACACUCUUAAGGAACUGCAAUGAAAAACUGAGGAUGUUGCUCAUAAUGCUUUACCUUUGACUAACAUUUACGCAAAAUACAUCAGUUGUUUCAUGAUUAGGAUUAAGUUAUUGACUAAUAUCAUGCUAUUUAGAGUCAAUAAAGGUUUACAUCAUUAACUGUUCUCAUCUGAGCUCCCUGCUGGUACUGUGCAGCAUGACAUGGCUUCAGUGCGAAGUGUCGACACACGGUCCUCAAAGCGAAAACAACACACACUAACACAUCUACUUCAU